AUGCGUGGUACGCCCAUUAUAGCGCCUGAACCCUGCCACAUUCUCCCUCCUUCCAUCACCCCACCCCAUUCUCCCUCUUUCCAUCACCCCGCCCCAUUCUCCCUCUUUCCAUCACCCUGCACCAUUCUCCCGCUUUCCAUCACCCCGCCCCAUUCUCCCGCUUUCCAUAACCCGCCCCAUUCUCCCGCUUCCUAUCACCCCGCCCCAUUCUCCCGCUUUCCAUCACCCCGCCCCAUUCUCCCUCUUCCCAUCACCCCGCUCCAUUCUCCCGCUUUCCAUCACCCCGUCUUAACCUCCCUCCUUCCAUCACCCCGCCCCAUUCUCCCUCUUUCCAUCACCCCGCCCCAUUCUCCCUCUUUCCAUCACCCCGCCCCAUUCUCCCGCUUCCCAUCACCCCGCCCCGUUCUCCUGCUUUCCAUCACCCCGCCCCGUUCUCCCGCUUUCCAUCACCCCGCCCCAUUCUCCCUCUUUCCAUCACCCCGCCCCAUUCUCCCGCUUUCCAUUACCCCGCCCCAUUCUCCCGCUUUCCAUCACCCCACCCCAUUCUCCCGCUUUCCAUCACCCCGCCCCAUUCUCCCUCUUUCCAUCACCCCGCCCCUCUCAUGCCUUCCCUCUCUCAUGCCUUCCCCCUCUCAAUGCCUUCCCCCUCUCAUGCCUUCCCCCUCUCAUGCCUUCCCCCUCUCAUGCCUUCCCCCUCUCAUGCCUUCCCCUCUCAUUGCCUUCCCUCUCUCAUGCCUUCCCCCUCUCAUGCCUUCCCCCUCUCAUGCCUUCCCCCUCUCAUGCCUUCCCCCUCUCAUGCCUUCCCCCUCUCAUGCCUUCCCCCUCUCAUGCCUUCCCCCUCUCAUGCCUUCCCCCUCUCAUGCCUUCCCCCUCUCAUGCCUUCCCCCUCUCAUGCAUUCCCCCUCUCAUGCCUUUCCCCUCUCAUGUCUUCCCCCUCUCAUGCCUUCCCCCUCUCAUGCCUUCCCCCUCUCAUGCCUUCCCCCUCUCAUUCCUUCCCCCUCUCAUGCCUUCCCCCUCUCAUGCCUUCCCCUUCGCAUGCUUUCCCCCUGUCAUGCCUUCCCCCUCUCAUGCCUUCCCCCUCUCAUGCCUCCCCCCUCUCAUGCCUUCCCCCUCUCAUGCCUUCCCCCUCUCAUGCCUUCCCCUUCUCAUGCCUUCCCCCUCUCAUGCCUUCCCCCUCUCAUGCCUUCCCCCUCUCAUGCCUUCCCCCUCUCAUGCCUUCCCCCUCUCAUGCCUUCCCCCUCUCAUGCCUUCCCCCUCUCAUGCCUUCUCCCUCUCAUGCCUUCCCCCUCUCAUGCCUUCCCCCUCUCAUGA